AUGAGUACCAACCGCUCAUUAACGGCGAGUGCUUUUAUUCAUAGCCAUGUUCCACCGACAGAUUUCGAAGUGUUCUAUAAUUACAGCGAUCCCAUUCUUGGUAGAACAACAGAAUCUAAUAGUCUUGUACCUGAGUGGACUAACAGUCGGAAUAAUAUUGAAUUCGUCAAUGAUAAACUAACGACGAGAUGGAAUGAUGAUAAUAUACAAGAAUAUUCGACAAUAUUAAAUGUACCAAAUAUGUCGAAUCGUUCCGAACUGAAUUUGCAAAAUCAUCUUUCAUCAAGAUCCGAGAUCGAAAUUAAUGUAGAAGGGGAGAGAAAUAAAAAUUCAUUUUAUACUAAACCGCACGGAAUUUCAGUUAGUUUUAGUAUACCUCGUAAAGAGAGAACCGCAUUUACUAAAGAACAAAUCAGGGAGCUGGAAGCCGAAUUUGUACAUUCAAAUUAUUUAACACGGCUUAGAAGAUAUGAAAUAGCGGUUGCCUUAGAUUUAACAGAACGACAGGUUAAAGUAUGGUUUCAAAACCGGCGUAUGAAAUGGAAGCGGCUUAAACUGGAGUCCCAAAAUUCUGAUGUAUUCCCAAAAAUAAAUAGCCAACUGAUUAUAUAG